CUAGCAGUAGGAGUUAUAGUAAAAACUGUCACAGAGGUAACAUGUGACACAGGUAACACGGCUAACGAGAAACCUACUACAGGUAAAGGUGUAGCAUGACAUAGAUGUACAGACGACUUAUCAGGAUAAGAACCGACACAUCUGUUGAUAGAGGCGAUCGUGUUUGUUUAAUCGGCAAUGUUCUAAGGGGGUCUGACUGCCCUCCUUCGAUUGUCUCAAAGCAUUCGAGGAUAAGUGGUGUGUAUUUUCCUGGGAAUUAUUUACUCUAGAGUGUCAGACAAAUGUCCAUUUGCGGAUCAGACUGACCAAUUCACUGGUCAGUCAUAUGGAUUCAUAUUUUAAUAAGUGAUCAGUUUCAUUAUAAAUUUGGAUGCUAAUUAUUUUCCAGAAACGUUUUACGUAAACAGGAAUAUUUUCAGUAAUUUCGUGACAUUUCAGCACGGGAUUUAUCAGGAUUUAUUCAUCAUCGGUGAAACAGGUAGAGGACUUACAAGUACCAAAAGAACUGUUGGAAUUAAUUUGAAAAACUGCUGUGGAUUUUACAGUCAAUACGGAAGAAAAUUUACCUGUGAUUUUUUUUUUUUUUUCUCUUCGGAUUAAACUUGUGGAAUAAAAUUCAAGAAUAUCACAGCAUUUUUGAACAAGACCGGUGGAAGUAUGUGAGUCUUAAGGACAAUCAUUCUGGAUGUGGAAUUAAUUACAGUGAUAGUGAAUUUAUCUGGUGUUAGUGGAUUAUACCGGCUAUCCUCAUUACGUGUGAUUGUGGAUUGACUUGAGUGGAUUUACCGUGUUACAUGAAGCCUCUCAUUUCUCCCCGGUGUUUGUGACAGGCAAGGAGAUGUCAUGUGGAUUUUACGCCUUAGUUACGCUAAUUCUUAGCCUAGUAAUUGUCCCAACAGUCAAUUCUAUCUCAUGGAAGACAGAGCCUACGGAUGUGUCGGUCCGGGUUGACCAAGACGCAGUACUUAUGUGCGAGGUCAACAACCGCGACGACAAAAUCGUCACCUGGAACAAAGGAAACACUAUUGCCGUUGGUAACCAAAUCAUCAGCGGAGAUUUUCUAAGAUACAGUAUUGUAGGAGAAUUUAACCUUAAAAUCGUAAAUGUUACAACGGCCGAUGAUGGGGAGUUUGUGUGUACGGUCCAGGACUUCACAAGCGGACUCGCAAAUCUCAACGUACUGGUGCCCCCUGGUGCUCCAAGUUUGGACGUCAAUGUUACACGAACAGAUUAUCACGAAGGAGACUCUGUUUCUCUAACAUGCAUUUCAUCUGGUGCUAACCCCGCCCCAACGUUUCGUUGGACAAGGAAAAUUGAUGGGAACAAGGAGGAUGUUCCGCCUAGUGCUAUUUUGUCUGAGAAUAUUCAGACCAAAGGCCAAUCUUCUAGUCAAAUUGUGAUAGCUCUUCAGCCUAGAGACAAUGGAGCCGAAUAUAUGUGUGAAGUUUUCAACAAUUUAAAUGCAGCUAAUACCCUUUCAACUACCCAUGUCUUCUCUGUGUUUUAUGCCCCAAUCAUAUCAUUUCCGCCUGCCUACCCUCCCUUCAACAUCCUGCUGGGAACGCUCUUUAACAUGGAAUGUCUUGUGGACGCUAAUCCUUCCGCCACCUCAAUCGUCUGGCGUAAAGGGUCGUCACAACUACGCAUGGGAUCAGGUACUAGCCUCGCCUACACAUUCCAAAGUGCUCAGAAGACUGACACGGGAGAAUAUUCCUGUACCGCAACCAAUACCAUCAACACUAGAGUAUUAUCAACACAACUCACCGUCAUGUAUGCACCAAUCAUCACAGUGCCACCUAAAUACACUGUCCGUAAGUCUGACAACCUCAACAUGAGGUGCAGCGUGGACGCCAACCCGCCAGUGACGUCCAUCCAGUGGCUCAAGAUCGACAGCAGUAUGGGGUCAAGUGGACGAGACCUCAACUUGACCAAUAUCGAUGUAAGCCAGAUGGGAAACUACUCGUGUAUAGCCAGGAACCGGCUACAGCUGUCCAAUCAGGUUGCCCGUGAGGAGGAACGGCGGGGAUACUCAUUCCUAUAUGUGCAAUAUAAACCCGGCGAUGCCUUUAUAUCACCGUACAGUCCCGUAAACGUAGGAGAGCAGCUCUCACUCAAAUGUUCCGUCAACAAUCCAGGAUAUCCCCACCCAGAGUUUGAGUGGAGGCGGGUGGAAACCAACUCUAAACUUGCCCAGAACGCUGCGGACUUGGUCAUCCCCCAAGUGUCCCUUAGCUACAUUGGAAACUACUCAUGUGCAGCGGUCAACCUUAUCGGGUCAGGCGGGUCAAGUGUCAUCCAAGUGGACAUCUACGAGCCUGUUUCAUUCAAAGAGCUACCCAACCCAAGGGAGACAAUUCAUCACAACAACACAGGUUUCACCAUGCAGUGUGUUGUUCAAGGCCGACCCCAGCCAUAUAUCAUCUGGUACAAAGAUGGUAACCGAUUCGACCAGGACAGUGACUUUUACUCCGUUUCUACCACCGUCAGUCUGGAGAGCGCCUACCGAUACGUCGUCACAAGUCGAGUUUCUUUCCUAGGUUCGGGGCGUUCUUCGUCGCGUGGGACCCUUCUGCUGCAAGAUAUUGGCAACUACACCUGUUUGGCCCUGUCCAACGCCACCGGCACACAGCAGAGUCACACCAAGGAGCUCCUCAUCUUCUUUCCACCGCAGACCGAUAUGGACGAGAAGGUAGCAGCCACGGCCAACGAUACGGCCAGGCUGUCCUGUACGGUCCAGGGAUACCCUAUCCCACAAUUCCAGUGGUACAAAGGGGGAUCACUCUUGUCUCUUGGCGGCCGGUUUAUCCAGGAGCCUACUGCGAAUAUUGGUGUUUCCAAAGCGACAAAUGUGUUACAAAUCACUGACGUUCAGAAUGUAGAUUUUGGAGAUUACAAGUGUAUGGUGAUAAGCCCCCAGGGAACUGCAGUCAAAAUAAUUACCCUGGCAGUCAAAAAUAAACCCGAAGCACCCAGCGCUUUAGCUGUACUCUCUAAAACAUGGGAAUCCGUUUACUUACGAUGGAUUCCCGGAUUUAACGGGGGAGAAUCUCAGACAUUUUAUAUUCGCUACACAAGUCUCCCACAUUCAUCGCAUGGUGCAAACGAUGUAGAUGUGGCGACAGCAGACGAGUACAAUGUGACCGGUUUAAUGCCGGAAACAACGUACGACUUCAAAGUUUACGGUGUGAAUCAGCUCGGACAAGGCAAUCACUCGGAAUCAAUAAAAGUCACAACUCAAAGAUUAACUUUUCCGACUAUAAAGUCUGUACCAGUGUUUAAAGUGUCUGAGAAGUCGUUGACUCUCGAUAUUGACAUCAAUGUCACAUACUGUGUUCGUAUCAAAGUCAGUCGCAAUGGCGGCACAACGUGGUCGACAGUUAUCGUAAAAAGUGUGGACUGUUUUGACGCUUCCCAGAAGUCCUAUUCAGUGCUAGAGGAUGGUAUUAAUAAGUUAAACAUCUCACUGUGUCUGCUGUCGCGACAGGAAGUUUGUGGGGCUCAUGUGGCUGCCGAAAUCCGGAAAUGCUGUGUUGAAGUCCUAAGUGGUCAGCCGAGCAACCCUGACCUUUCGGCGACAGAAGUUAUCGCUAUAGGAGCCGUUUGUGCGGCCAUUCUCAUCGUACUCCUUUGUGUUCUUGUAUACUUCAUAUGUCGGCGGCGGCAAAAUAACGCUGCCAAAGAUUACGAAAAUUCACAGAAUGCCAACAGGCAGACACAGCCGGUUAACGGCAAUAUCCCCCCAAAACCAAAACGAGGCUUCGACAAUCCAGGUAUGGACACCACAGAGUUUACCGAGUCCUAUCAACUCGACGGCUCGCGUGGCAUGAGUGGUAGUACUAACAUGUAUUCUGGACUGAACCAUAUGAAUUAUCCUUCUCGUGCUAAUAACCAUAAUGGCUCGGCCCCCAAUGGAAAUAUCCCCCUAGACACCUCUUACGAUUCUCAGUUAGAGAAGCGUCUGUACGAAAACGAAAUGAACAGACGAAACGACAAUCUGAAUAGCGAGGCUUAUAACAAACAAACAGAUUCAUCAUUUCAUGGAGCACCAAGACGAGAUCAACAGCAAUAUAUAGACCUCCACCCUGAGGAUCAUAAAGAAGGAGGCAGUUUUGGAAGUGGUAUGGAGAGUGGCUACUCGACUCCUGAUCCGUCCAAACCCAAAAAGGUUAUUUACGAAGUUGUUGUAUGAUGUUCUGGAGCCACUUGUGCUAUUUUUAGUGUCGUGAAGUACAUGUGAGGUGAUGUGUCGGCAUGGUGAUCAGGACAAAGAAACUGCCUCAUUUUGAGCAAUUUGACAAAGAGGCUGGCUCAUUCUGAGCAGUAUGACAAAGAGGCUGCCUCGUUCUGAAGCAGCAGGUAAUGAUACCAUGCCAUUGAUGCGGGGGCCUCCAUGACAAUUUGUGCUUCCUAAAGUGAUAUUUCCAAGCAUGGGUAUUCCCAGUACCUUUGUGUGUCGUUUAUCAAUGUUUGUGUCGAUACCGUUAGUGUUCUGAAUUCUGAUUGGUGGAUACAAAAAAAAAACAUGCUUCGUGUAUUGUAUGAUACCAAAAUCCCAAGCUGGAUACCAAAUCCGUUGCCAUAGUAACGUAAAUUGUGUUGUGUGACCUAAGUGACCAUUGGCUACUGUCCUCUGCACUGGCGAACAGACCAACACAAAGACUCCUUUCACUUGGUAGGCUGAAAACAAUAUAUGCCAAACGAAACUCGUACCCAGGUGUUGUGAAUACUACGGUGAAUAAGUUAUUGUGGACAUUUUAUAAACAGUUCUAUGUGCCCUUUGACCUUUUUUACCGUGUUUCACAACAACAAACAUCUGAGAGAUGCAUGUGGGAUUUUUCGAUUUUUUCUUAAG